CUACCUAAAUAUCAACUUGAUCGUUUACAGAAAGUUCAGAAUGCCGCGGCUAGAGUGACUUUUCGGAUUGCGAAAUUUGAUCAUAUCACACCCGCUCUUAUCGACUUACAUUGGCUUCCAGUAACGUUUAGAGUUCAGUUCAAAUUGCUCCUUUUUGUUUACAAGUCACUACACAACCGAAGUCCAUCCUACAUUGAAGAUCUUUUAUCCCUGAAACCAGCUGCUAAUUAUGCUCUUUGUUCGUCUGCACAAUCUCUUCUGUUCGUUCCAAAAGUCAACUGCUCUACACUUGGGGAUCGGGCCUUUGCUCAUGAUGCACCUGUUUUAUGGAACUCGCUGCCAUUAACUAUAAGAACA